AUGGAAGGAAUGAACCAAACAGCUGUGUCAGAAUUCAUCAUCUUGGGAUUCUCCAACCUAAAUGAACUGCAGUUUUUACUGUUCACCAUCUUCUUUCUGACUUAUGUCUGUACUUUGGGAGGAAAUGUAUUCAUUAUUUUGGUGAGCAUGGCUGACCCACACCUACAUACAACCAUGUAUUAUUUUCUAGGGAACUUGGCCUUUCUUGAUAUCUGCUACACCACCACCAAUGUACCGCAAAUGAUGGUGCAUCUUCUGUCAGAGAAGAAAAGCAUUUCUUAUGGGGGCUGUGUGGCUCAACUUUUUGCAUUUGUUUUCUUUGUAGGCUCAGAGUGCCUCCUCUUGGCAGCAAUAGCUUAUGAUUGUUACAUUGCAAUCUGCAAACCCUUAAGAUACUCAGUUAUUAUGAACAAAGUACUGUAUAGCCAGUUAGCAGCCUCCUGCUGGGCUGGUGGUUUCCUCAAUUCAGUGGUGCACACAGAACUGACAUUCCACCUGCCCUUUUGUGGCAACAACCAGAUUAAUUAUUUCUUCUGUGACAUCCCCCCAUUGCUGAUCUUGUCUUGUGGGAACACUUCUGUCAAUGAGCUGGCAUUGCUCUCCACUGGGGUCUUCACUGGUUGGGCUCCUUUUCUAUGUAUCAUCCUUUCUUACUUUUACAUAAUUUCCACUAUCUUGAGGAUUCGCUCUUCAGAGGGGAGAUGAAAAGCCUUUUCUACGUGUGCUUCCCACUUGGUCAUUGUCCUUCUCUAUUACGGCAGUGCUAUUUUCACAUAUGUAAGGCCAAUCUCAACUUACUCAUUGGAGAAGGAUAGGUUGAUCGCAGUAUUAAACAGUGUUGUUGCCCCCAUGUUAAACCCUUUAAUUUACACAUUGAGGAAUAAGGAUUUCAAAGAGGCUGUGAAUGCUGUGGGGUUAAAGAGGCAGCUACCAAUUUCCCUCUUUUGA